GCCUUCGGUCCAAAAGUUUAGGUUCAUUUCACGAGUGGGAAAAACUCAAGCCGACGCGCUACUCACUGAAUCGCGCACUAUCAGUUUUAUCAGCUGUCGUCCAGUAAUCGCCGCGGCGAUCACUUAAAAACUCGCAAAAUUACGCCCGCGUUGGCACUCUGCAAGAGACCACGAACACGGCCGGACCGAUCAAUAAACAUGGAAAUCAUUAUUAAUUUUCUACACAAAAUUGCUCCAGUAUUUCUGGCCCAUGGAAUAGUCGGCAUUAUCGCCUUCUGUGUGAGGUUGUAUAUGCAGGGGGGAAAGUUCAGGAAGCAGACCGAUGAGACGGGAAAAGUGGCCAUCGUUACGGGCGGAAACACGGGUCUUGGCAAGGAAACGGUGAUGGAGUUGGCCAGAAGGGGAGCCACCGUUUACAUGGCCUGCCGGAAUAAAAAAAAAGGGGAAAUGGCUCGAAAGGAGGUCAUCAAGAAGACGGGAAACUCAAACGUUUUCUCCAAGGAGUGCGACUUGUCUUCAUUGGAUUCUGUUCGAAAGUUUGUGGAAGAAUUCAAGAAAGAGCAAAGGGAGCUGCACAUCCUGAUAAACAAUGCUGGUGUGUUCUGGGAGCCGCGAGGAUUGACGAAAGAGGGAUUCGAAACGCAUCUGGGAGUGAACCACAUUGGUCAUUUUCUGCUCACCAACCUGUUGAUCGAUGUGCUAGAGCGGUCAGCUCCUAGUCGGGUGGUGGUGGUGGCCAGCAAGGCCCACGAGCGGGGUCAGAUUCAGGUGGACGACAUCAACAGCUCCGACUUCUACGACGAGGGAGUGGCCUACAGCCAAAGCAAGCUGGCCAACGUACUCUUUGCCCGGGAACUGGCCAAGCGGCUGGAGGGAACGGGUGUCACCGUGAACGCCCUCAAUCCUGGAAUAGCAGACACGGAGAUUGCCAGGAACAUGAUCUUCUUCCAAACAAAGUUUGCUCAGUAUGUGAACAAUCCUGAAGCCAUUCCUCUGGUCUGUGAUGAAGUCGCCCAGAAACGGAGCCCAGACCACGUUAUAUGCCGCCUUGGAUCCCGAUCUCGAAAAGGUAACGGGUCAGUACUUCAGCGAUUGCCAGUUGGCAUCCGCAGCUCCCGCCGCCCUCGACGAUCGGAUGGCCAAGUGGCUGUGGGCCCAGUCCGAGAAGUGGACGGGAAUCGCUCUGUAAAUUGGGUAUUUGGGGUAGUGUUAUGUGUUUUCGCUAGUCGCUUUAAGAUGCCUUUGAUAUUUGAAAAUAAACUUGAUGCAGAAACGAAUUUAAAUUUCAUCUGAAAUCAUAGGGGUUGC